AUGGCCAGAUUGAAUGCAGCAAAUAGUCUCCUUCACCAAUGGCUCAUUAGAAGGGAGAGAGUCUGGAGGCAAAGAGCAAGAUCCUACUGCUUCAAAAUGAAAGACCACAAUACAAAGUUCUUCUAUGCCUCAACAUUGUUUAAAAAACAAAAAAACGAAAUCAUCCAAAUACACAUCAAUGGCAGAAACAUACAGGGGGUAGAAAACCUCAAAGCGGAAAUCAGGAGCUUCUUUGCACAGAGCUUUUCUCAGGAACCUGUCCCAGAAUUCGAUUUCUCUCUAGACAAUCACCCGAAAAUCACGGAGGCACAAUCAAUUUUCCUGGAAAAAACGCCAUCGAGAGAGGAAAAGGUGGAAAGCCCUACAUCCAUCGACCAAUAUAGACCGAUUAGUGUGGUGGGCGCCCUAUAUAAAAUCAUAUCCAAGAUACUUUCCUCCCGUCUUAGAGAAGUUAUUGCUCCUCUGAUUGAUGAAUCACAAAGCGCCUUCGUUAUGAACAGACAAAUACUAGAUGGUGUGUUGAUUGCUAAAGAAUCUUUAAGAUGGUUGAAAAAAAGGAAAAUUCCAGGCACAUUAAUUAAACUGGAUUUCCAAAAGGCAUAUGAUUCAGUCAACUGGUCUUUCUUGAAACAAGUCAUGGUAAAGCUUGGCUUCGGUAGGAAAAUGGAUUAG